UUACUUUAUCUAUACAUAUUAUACUUGUAUUAUAUAUUAUAUAUAUGCACCGUGGAUGUGGGUAGCACGUGAUAUUUUAGUCACAAAUAGUAUAUAAUAAUAUAUAUGUAUGUUUUGUAUUUGUCGUAUUCGUUCCGGGCACACGAUCUCAUUAUGUAUAUAUAUGACAUCAUUAAUAUUUAAUAUGAUUGCUCAAUUGAUAAGUAUGACACGGGUGACACACUGACACCUGUUGGAAACGCUUCACUAUAACCACCACGUCCUUGUGUACAUUAUAAUAUUAUAAUAAUAUUUUAUCAAUAUUGUACUACCUUUAAUGAUUUUAUUAUUUGCGUAGCUGAAAACUGUUCGUCCCAAGAAUAGGGAUGACGAGUUAUGAGUAUCUAUUAAUUUCGAAAGCAGUGAUAUAAUAAUAAUAUUAUUGCGUUUUAAUAUCAAGUCCUCGAAACUUGUUAAAAGAAAAAAAAAAUCUUUAGUUUAUUUUUUAUUAUUACUUAUUAUUACAAAUUUUUAAAACUGGUAUUUGCUUAAAUUUUUAAUUUUUUUCAACAGUUGUAGAAUUUGAUUUUUGUUCUAAGAGAUUUUCUCAAAAUCUGAUGCUUACACCGGACUUGCGUUUCUGAUGCCUACAAUUUCUCUAUUUUCAUUAACCUGAUGUUAGUUGCAUCGCAUUCUUUUCAACCGCGUUAUAAUUUUCAAGAAUAAAAAAUGUCGUUUCAUACAUUUUCACUCUUUGUAUUAAAACAAAUCAAUAUUUCAUACAUUGACAGAAAAAAUGAAAACUGUUACAAAAAGUUACUCUCAUAUGCAAAUGGAUAAUAUUUUACAAAAUAGGAAUAUAUUUGAGUUUUUUAGAGUUGUAUUACACUUUUUCGGUAUACCUAUUAUGAAUAAUACCUCAUUUCAAUCUUAGUAUAAUUUAUGUAUAAAUAAUUAAAUAAAUUUAAGUUAUUUUUAAUAUUGAGUAUUAAUGAUUGAAAUGUAAAUUGCAUAUGUUUUAUUCAGGGCCAGACUUUUUUGAUGGUUUGAUUACUAUUUCUAACAUACUGUUGUGUAUUUUUUAUUAAUUUGAGGAAUAUUAAUUGAAAUUACUAUUAUUUUUAACAAUUUUAUGGAUAUUUUUUAAGCUCCAAAAUUAUUUACCAUAAUUUAACCUAGGUAUUGUGGAAAUAAUAAAUGGCUCAUUUAGAUUUAAGAAAUCAUAGUUAGACUAGGAUGCAGUCAAAAUGUUGAACUCUUUGCAAAGUUUUACUUCAAAUUUAACUCGUCAUCCAGGAAAUUUGAAAUUACGACAGGUGAACACAUUUUUAAAUAGAUGCGGUGUGAGUAAUGCAGAUUUGGACCAGCUUUCAGUCAUUCAUGUUGCUGGCACGAAGGGAAAAGGAUCCACAUGUGUAUUUUGUGAACAAUUGUUGUUGUAUAAAGGUUAUCGUACUGGCUUAUUUACUUCUCCACAUUUAAUCUCUGUUAAGGAAAGAUUUAGAAUUAAUGGAGAAGUCAUUACUGAUGAUAAGUUUGUGUUUUAUUUUUGGAGUGUUUACAAUACACUAUUAUCAAAACGAGGCAAUAAAGAAGAAUUACCUGCUUAUUUUAUGUUUUUGACUAUCAUGGCGUUUAAAAUGUUUGUCGAUGAGAAAGUGGAUGUUGCGAUCAUAGAAACUGGAAUUGGUGGCGAAUAUGAUUGUACAAAUAUAUUAAGAAAAACAUCAAUUGUUGGAAUUUCAUCACUAGGAUUUGAUCACACAACUGUACUAGGAAAUACUUUACAAGAAAUUGCUUGGCAAAAAAGUGGAAUUAUGAAGCCAAAUUCUGUAACAAUUGUUGCUAAUGAUCAACCUAAAGAAACACAUAAAAUAUUAAUCGAACGUAGUGUAGAAAAACAGACAACAUUAUUGGAAGCUCCGCCAUUCAACAAGUAUAAUUGGUAUAAAAAUAAUUCAGAAUUAGGAGUUUUAAAUACAGCUCAAGAGAUAAAUGCUUCACUUGCUAUUCAACUUGCUAAUGCAUGGAUCAAUCGUAACAAUAAAUACGAUUGGUUAAAAAAAUGCAAUGUUGGGUUAAAUGGAAUAAAACAAGCUCCAAUUUGGGAAAUUAAUGAACAAGAUAAACAAGCAUUAAGGGAUGUUAAGUGGCUUGGUCGCAAUCAAGUUUUAAAUGUAACACCCAAUUUAUCAUAUUUUUUGGAUGGAGCUCAUACAAUUGAGAGUAUUCAUUUAUGCAGUAAAUGGUACCAAAAUAUUUGUCCUAAGUCACAAUUGAAUAUACAAAAUAUUUUAAUAUUUAAUGUAACGGCAUUAAGAGAUUACUGUACGUUUUUAAAAAUAAUAUUAACUGAAAACAAAAUAGAUUUAGUUUUGAUAUGUCCAAUAAUAACAUCUAUUGAUAAUCGCCGUCCAGAUACUGUUAAUUUGAAUUUCAAUUAUGAAGAAGAAUUAGUCAAAUGUUAUAAUAUGAAAAAUUCAAUAGAUUUUUGUGAUGUAAAAGUAUUUAAUUCUAUCCAAGAAACUAUCAAGCAUGUUGAAAUGUGCAGUUCUUCUGAAAAAAAUACAAGCUAUCAAGUUUUAGUAACUGGCUCAUUAAAACUUGUUGGUGGAGUUUUAGAGGUCCUUCAAUCAUGACAUUUAUUUUAUAAAAAGACCAAUUCUAUAGAAUAUUAGUUAUUAUUGACGAUACAAAUUAAUCACAUUCUAUUUAAUGUAAUGGUACUAUUUAAAGAGUUUUUAAUACACAGUUGUAUCUUAAUUAAUUUGGAAAUCAGUAACAGUUCUUUUUGUAAAUCAUGGUAAAUAAGAGGCCAUAAUAAAUUGCAUUUAAAUAUUCACACCAAAUCACAGACUAAGGUUACUGACUUUUCCAAUUAAUUAACAUACACUAACCUCUUUAGGUCUGUCUUUUUAUAUUAUAUUUAUCUAUUGAAAUUUAUAUGGUUUAUAUAACUUUCCAAUUAUAUCAAUUUAUAAAUGCUCAAGUAUAUUUUAACUUUUUGUUAACUUUUAAAAAUAAUUUUGAUCACAUUUAUUGUAUUAAAAAAAAAAAUGAUUCAUGUAAAUAUAAAUAUUUAAUUUAAAAUUUAAAUAGUUUUUUUAAUUUAAUUUUUAAAUGUUUAUAUUAUAAAGUGAUUCUAUAAUCAGUA